CACGGAUGAUAUGGGAUAAUAAUAAUUUUUUCGCGGUAUCCCCAUCAUUAUACUUAUACUUUAAUAGCUAGCGCUUGUUCGGACAUACCUUUAGCAUAUAAUUUUCUAUAUUUUGUAUCUUACUUUCAAGCUGUGAUCAUGUCGAACAAUGGGAACCGUAAAAGAGUAGCACCCCCCUCUGGACGUCCAUAUAAAGUUCGAAAACCACGUAAACACCAAUCUGAAGAUGAAGAUAGUAAUGAUUCUUCAACAUCAGAUCAAGCCCAAGAACCACAAAGAGAACCUUCACCAUUACCAGAUGAACCGACUGAAAAGUUACCAGAAGAGCUUUUAAAGACGUUUUAUAAAAAUCCAGGAAUCCUCAUGAUAGCUGGACUAGUUUCGUGGGAUUUAGUUGCAAAGAGAGACAACAACCCAUCAAAAAAGACUCAUCCUAAUUUAUAUACAUUCCAUAAAUUUACAGAUCGCAAGUACAGACUAAUAGUUAGUGGAUGCAGUGCUGGUCAUUCAAUUCUUGUGUCUGAUGAGGGAGAAGCAUAUACUUUUGGGCGUAAUACGUGUGGCCAACUUGGGUUUGGUGACACAACAACUAGAAAUGUUCCAGAGGCAGUGCCCACUCUCAAAGGCUUCAAUAUAAUUCAGGCUGCGGCCGGCAGAAACCACAGCUUGUUUGUGACAGAUACGGGCACUGUAUAUGCUUGUGGAGACAACAAGAGCGGCCAGUGUGGUCUAGGGAACACCACACCUCAGAUACUCAAACCCACCCGUAUCAGAUACACAGGGGCUCCUGUUGUCAAGGUUGGUUGUGGAGCUGAAUUCUCCAUGAUAUUGGAUUGCAAUGGAGCUUUGCAUUCCUUUGGUCUUCCAGAGUAUGGGCAAUUAGGUCACAACACCGACGGAAAGUAUUUCUUGACGUCCACAAAGCUCUCGUAUCAUUUCGAAACCGUACCGAAACAUAUUGCAUUCUUUUUCGAAAAGUCUAAAGACGGUCACGUGACGCCGAUCAAAGAUGUCGUCAUUGUAGACUUCUCCUGUGGAAACAACCACACGGUGGCAAUAGACUCAUCGAAGCGGGCGUUCAGUUGGGGCUUCGGUGGCUUCGGUCGUCUUGGUCACGCAGAGCAGAAGGAUGAGAGCGUGCCUCGUCUCAUCAAGUACUUCGACUCGCACGCGCGUGGGGUACGCUCCGUGCACUGCGGAGCUACAUACAGCCUUGCUGUCAACGAACUAGGUGCACUUUUCAUGUUUGGACAAACUAAACGCACCGGCGAAGCCAACAUGUACCCUAAGCCUGUGCAAGACCUUACAGGCUGGAACAUACGCAGUGUGGGAACAAGUAACACAUCGAUUGUAAUAGCUGCUGAUGACUCCUUGAUUGCUUGGGGUGUUUCGCCUACUUACGGGGAGUUGGGUACUGGUGACAUAAACAAAUCGACAGCUAGACCUAAGGAAGUCAGUCGAAUGGAUGGAUUGAACAUUACCCAAGUUGCUAUGGGUUAUUCUCAUACUCUGCUACUGUGCGACAGUUCAACAGAGGAAGUGAAGUUGAAACUGGCCUCUAUGCCCACUUUCGACCCUUAGGUAACUAACGCCCCAAGCCUAAUCACUAGGGCUCUACUUGUACUUUCCAAACUAGAAGAAAUAAAAACCAAGAUAAUCUUAUUUCGAUUACUCACAGAUGCUGUACCUGUUGCAUUCAUUUUUAUUAAGCAAACAUUUUAUAAAAAACAUACCUUAUGAUGGAUCGUACGAAAAGUACACACUUUGAAUUUAAUUAAAGUCAUUCAUUAGAUAGUAAAAAUAUAUGAACAUUUCACUUAAUUAUUUCGACAAUAUAAAACUCCGAUAAGUGAAAGAUUUAGAAAAUGUUUGUAUAAUUUCUAUAAUAGUUUUUAAGUAAAUAUACAAAUAAAUCUCAUUUGCAUAAUUCAAGACUGUUAUUUAAGUAUUACAUUAAACAAUCGGGUAGAGAACUAGUGAUGUCUGGUAACAGUUUUAUUAUCUAUGUACUAAUGUUAAGCUACACUAUAAUUGGAAAUGUAAAAUUUACCAACUUAUAAAAUAAUACUAUAUUUUCAGUAUUGUAUCACAAAAUACUGUCUCAAUUUCAAAUUAGAUUGUUGAUUCUUUUUGCUGUUUGGAAUUUACCUCAAUUUUUUUAUUAAAAUUAGUAAUUACCAGUAUUCAAUCUCUUUAAUCCAUCUCUCGUUUUGUAAUCGUAUAGUAAUAGUAUAUUUUAUAGAACUACAUAAUACAAGUUAUAUAAAGAAACUCUUACCUCAUCACGAGCAGGCCUUGUUAUUUGUUUUAAACUGUUACCGUAGUUGUCUCGAUAUGUUAUCAAUUCCAAAUACCUCUACAAACUCAUUCACUGCCUCACUAUAUUCUCAAUUUAAAUAGCACACGUGACCUCUAUACAUGACAUGUGCAAAUUAUGAUUAAGUUUACCUUAGAUAUAUUUUUUUUAUAACAAUUGCUUUAAUUGAUCUAUCCAGAUUAUACUAAUUUUAGUUAAUAUAAGUUUUUUUAGACUAUGAUUUGUAAGGCCGGGGGACAAUAUCAUAAAAACAAACUUUCAGUUGAAUGAUGUAACUAUUGUGCUAUGAAAAUUCUUGUUUCAUAUUAAUUGUAUUAAUAAAAUAAUUUUUAAAACUGUCGAUAAAGUCUGAUUUCUGAACUACUUUAAAUUAUAUAAUUCCUGAUAUGUAAAGCAAAUGUUUACAAUAUAGUAGCUUGUUAUAUAUACGUUACUUAUACACAUUGGUAUUAGGCCCAUGAAGAUUAAUAACAGUAUGGUUCAUACCAUGUACCAAUCUGAGGUGUAAUGGUUGGGUCUGGCUGGUGCGCUCAAUAAGAUUCAUCGAAUUAUCAUAGGUUAAUAUUAUACAGAACACUUUACUUUAUAUUAAAUAUAGUAAAUUUAAUUUUGUAAUGCGAUAAAAUAUAUAACAUUGUUAAGAUAAUUUUAAAGCAAGUACUUAAAGUUGUUUAAAAUUUCUAUUUUCCAAUGUCCCCGGCUAGCAAGGUCCACCUCUAUUUGAUAUCUUAGUAUACGACAUUAGUAAUAGUACUGUACACUUUACAAUCUUGUGUAUCUACUUACUUAUAGACAUUUUCUACAAGUUUAUGGUGAGAUUUCUCAAUUAAAUUUAAGGGUUUUUAUCAGUGUACUUAGUCAUAAUGUUAUUUAAAAUGUGUUUAAGAAUUAGUAUUAUUGUAUAUCAAGUAAACUGCGCUAGUGUGUAGUUACUAAUCAUUCCGAAACAAGUUACUCUUUUUUUUUAAUAAUGUUCGAUAGGUUUUUGUGUAAUGUUAAAAUAGAUCGAAGAAUUAAGGUUUAAACAAUCAUAAGUUUCAGUGGUAUAAACUUAAAAGUAGUUGACCGCACAAAUUGUAGUAUGCACAAUGUCACUACUAUGCGACAGUGCUGCAUGCUGUCAUGUUUUGAUGUUUGAUAAUUAUUUGGUCAAGGAGUAAGUUUAGAAAUUAAUUAUCUGAGUCUGCCUGUGAGACACAAUCAGAAAGUAAUAAAAUUAUGUAUAAACCAAUUCAUAUAUUUUAACAUAGUUAUCAUUGUUUUUCAUGUGUCAGUGUCUACGUUUUAAUUAAAUUUAAAUGCCUAAUGUUACAAAAGUUUUAAGUAUCAAUAGCAAAAUUAUAAAACUAUAUUUGUUUAUGCAGGCAGAACAAUUACACUAAAACAGUUCAUAAAAUAAUAAAACUUAUCGUUAGCUUUACACGAUGUUAAAAACUGCAGAUUUUACUUGAUACAUUGUUUCUUUAUAUCGUAAGUUUAAAUCAAACAAUGUUGUUAACCACUCUCGAAAACUUUUAAUUUGAUAUAAUUAAUUCUUGCCAACGACACAUUAUACCGAUUAGAUACUUUUAAAUUAAUUAAAUGUUUUAA